UUCCUUCUUCUCUCUUCCUUCAGAACAUACAAUCGGUUAUCUUCUCACAAACCUUACAAAAAUUAGGUCAACAUCACAGGUAAAUACACUAAAUUCAAUCUAAAUAUUUGUUAUUAUAUGCUCUGAAUCAAGAUCGGCUUUAGAUUUUAUGUUAUUCAUUUCUAUAUAAAGUUAAAUUUAUAAACAUUGUUUGUGCUUCUAUUAACUUCUUAUUUGGUCUGAUUUUUGAAGAUCCGACCAUAAAUCUUGAAGGUAUGUUGUUUUACUUUGUUGUUUAUGUAGGAUUCAUCUUUAAUCUAACGGAUUGAACAUGUUUACUGUUUUUAAAAACUAAAAUCUAGAUCUGAUGUUUUUGUUGAUUUUUGUUUCAAAGAAGGUCUUUGUUUCUGUAUAUCCGACCAUAUUUAUCGCAGUUACUGAUUUUUCUUGAAUUUUUUUUACAUGUGAAUCCUUAAUUCUAUCAUAACAAUCGGAAUUCCACCAUUGUUCAAGCAACAGAGGCUGAAGUUGCACCUACCGAUGUUGAAAAUGAAGUUGCUGAACAAAUACAUGGUGGUAUUCGUCUUUUUGUUCGUAUGGCUGGUGAACGUUAUUUUAGGAUUCCAGAUCCCGUUUCACGAAUGGCUAGACUUGAUGAAGGUUUAAGAGAUAUCACCGUUAGGCUUAUGCAUCUGGAUCCGCCACAACAAUUUACUAACGGUACCAGACGUGAAAGAAAAAGCGAUGGAGGUUGGCGAUACGCGUUAACCGGUUGGAAGAAGUUCAUGUAAGCUGCUAGAAUUAAGCUACAAUGGAAAACGAAGGUCAGAUCACCUUGCUGAACGAUAUCGAUGCUCUUAGCACAAACUACACUAUCAAGGUUAAAAUUGUUAGUUUGUGGAGGAAGAAGAUGAGAGCUAAUGAAAGAGAGACGUAUCGUAUAGAUAUGAUACUGAUGGAUGAAAUGGGUACCAAGAUUCAAGCAUCUUGCUUGCAUAAGCUAUUUUCAAAGUUUGAAAGGCAUCUUAAUGUUAAUGAAUGCCUUAUCAUAAAACGGCCAUCUCUUGCUGCGAACACUGCAUUUUUCAAGAUUGUUCCUAACAAUCAGAAGCUAUCUUUUUACUAUCAUACGUUUGUGGAAAAGUGCAAUAAAUGAGAAGAGAUGUUCAGAUCGAUUAAACUCUUUAGGAUGAUUACGCUAAGGACAUGUAUUCUUACAUGGUUAGUGAAAAGCGUGAAGCACAUGUUGUCGUUGUUGUCCAUUUUGGUGCUGUUAAGACAUACAAAGGUAAAUGGGGUUUUUCUAAUAACUUUAAUGGUUCACGACUUUUCAUUAACGACAAUUUUGAUGACAUGCUAUUGUUCAAGCAAAAGUUUCUUGGAAAACUUGCUGCUUCAACUGAGUCAAGUAGCCAUGCUGGGUCAUAUAUCAUGUGUUCUAUGGAAGAUGAAUUUUUAAAGAACGAUGUUUUUUCACCAAUUGCUUAUCUUGGAUCAAUCAUAGAGCCAAAGAAAGUUGUCGUUGUUGGAACUAUCGUUGCAAUUGUUUCAGAUAAGAUAUGGUAUUAUGAUGUGUGUAACUAUUGCAAGUCCAAAGUUGAGCAAAAGUUUGAAACCUAUGAUAAGGAUGAUGGAACAAGUGAUGUUAAAGAUGAGAAGUUGUAUCAAUGUUCUAACAAGGAUUGUAAUGGAAAAGAAGUUUUCCCGCUGUCCAGAUUCAACCGGUACGGUGACACUUACAUUGUUUGACCAUGAGGCGUUGAAGUUUGUUGGGAAAACUGCAAAGGAACUUAUACAAAUUCAGGACGAGUUAUUGAAGUCAAAUGGGAAUCCCGUAGAAUAUCCAGUUGAAUUUGAAUCGUUGGUUAACCUAAAGUGUGCUUUCGUGAUUAAAGUAACUGACUUUAAUAUUGUCAAUGCUGUCGAGAAUUAUGGAAUAUCAGUUGUUACCACUGAUGAAGACAUCUUGGAUAAGCUGAACAAAAAAUUCAAAAUUGACCAACUUGAUGUAUCUGAUUCUUUUGGUAUGACUCAGUCUGAGUUCCAAUCUACUGGUGGUGAAUGCUUUAAGGAUGCUGAUUCUUACACUGGGGAUAACACCACACCUGUUUCAAAGGAUUACGUGGGUGACUUGAAGCAAUCAUCUUCUGAUAUGAAGCGUAACCUUGAUGAUGUUUAUUUGAAUGAAGAGGGAUUGGGGUCGUCAGCAAGUAAGCCUCGAAUGUGUGUUGAGAAGAAUGCUAUUGACGAAGAUCUAAGCCACAAUUGAUAAAGGAGAUAUGGCAAAUGGUGGUUUUAAUUAGAAAACAAAUUAUUUGGUAUUUGAGUAUUGCAAUUUUGAUUUGUAUGCUAUGACUUUUUU